ACACGGCAUAUUCAGUGCUCUGAAAAAAAUGACUCGUGUGCUCCUCUUGCUCGUUGUCCUCGUGACCAUCCAGGUCGUACUCUGCAGUGACGACUCUCCUGGACUGCCCGGAUCACGUGGAUUGCAAAAGAAGGCCUGCGAUGGUGACGGAAGUUCUGGGGUUGCUAGUGACUACCCAGAGGGUGUUGAUCCAUCAAACCGGCUGACGAAACAGCGAAAUCAACAAAACACAAAUGGCAGACUCCAAAGAGCUGGAAACAAUAACGGCAAUGGCCAACGCAAUCAAAGACAAAAAGGAAACAAAUAUCCAAGGACCACCACCAGCACCGAGUCCCCUUAAAUUCUUCAAUUAAAUUACCACCACGCACAGUAAACGACAAAUUUGUUUGUAUUAAAAGAACAAUUAUUGAUUUUGCUGGAAACUAAAUAAAAAUCGGCUAUAAUUUUAA